CUGUGGCGCUUCCGGCCGUGGAACUUCGGCAGCCUGGUGUGCAAGCUGGCCCAGUUCCUGAGCGAGGCCUGCACCAACUCCAGCAUCCUGCACAUCACCGCGCUCAGCAUCGAGCGCUACCUGGCCGUGUGCUUCCCGCUGCGCGCCAAGGUGCUGGUGACCCGCGGCAAGGUGCGGGCGCUGAUCGGGCUGCUGUGGGCCGUGGCCCUGCUCAGCGCCGGGCCCGUCUUCGCCCUGGUGGGCGUGGAGGAGCUGGAGAACGGCGCGGGCAGCGAGUGCCGCUCCACGCAGUACGCCACCAGCUCGGGGCUGAUGGCGGCCAUGAUGUGGGUGUCCAGCCUGUACUUCCUGGUGCCCGUGUGCUGCCUCAGCGUGCUGUACGGCCUCAUCGGGCACAAGCUGUGGCACCGCCGGCACAGCUCCCACCGCGACAGGAGCAACAGGCAGACCGUGAAGAUGCUGG